CAGACAGACCAAGCCAUUUUCUUUCGCCUCUCGUUCACGGAUAACUCACUGCUUGACAUGCAUUGUUCGUCCCAUUUUUAGGGCAGUGUUCGAACCCACAACUCUCCGACUCAAAUGUUAAAUGUUUACCAAACUGAGGCAAGCUUAACAGCUAAGCUAGUUAGUUACUCAGGUAGUGUUGAAAAUUGCACGUUUCCUCCAAAGGUGUAAAGCUAGCUCAAAAACAGACGUGGCCUCUUGAGAAAAUAAAACAAAACAAAACGAAGCGAAACGUUCGGCCUCUCCUUUCGGGAGGACGGUCUGCUCCGCACCAAGCACGGUCUCCACUUUUGGAGACUCAACCCACGGAGAAAGAAAUUAACCUUUAAAUCAUGGCUUCCAUGUUGGUUCACGCAUUCAGAAAUGUCCCAACCAGUGUGUCGUGGGCUGCAAAGUUAAAUGCACGUUUGUUGAGCUCAGUACCUCACACUCAGCCUCAAGCACAAUCAACCAGUAAGAAAACUCUAGCAAAACCAGGGUUGAGAAAUGUUGUCCUUGUUGAAGGUGUCCGAAUUCCAUUCUUGAUGUCUGGUACCACAUAUACAGAUUUGAUGCCACAUGAUUUGGCCAGAGCAGCGCUACAGGGACUACUUACAAGGACCAGCAUUCCAAAAGCAGAAGUUGACCAUAUAGUGUUUGGUACUGUUAUUCAGGAGGUCAAAACAAGCAAUGUUGCUCGAGAGGCUUCGCUUGGAGCAGGGUUUUCUGAUAAAACUCCAUCCCACACAGUUACCAUGGCUUGCAUUUCCUCAAAUCAGGCGAUGACCACAGCUAUUGGCUUAAUUGCCUCUGGUCAGUGUGAAACAGUGAUAGCUGGUGGUGUGGAGUUCAUGUCAGACGUUCCAAUUCGUCACAGCAGAAAAAUGAGGAAGACUUUACUAUCACUUACUAGAGCUAAGACAAUGGGACAGAGAUUGUCUCUCCUUGGAAAAAUCCGCCCAGACUAUUUUGCUCCUGAGCUCCCGGCUGUAGCUGAGUUUUCCACCAGUGAGACUAUGGGCCACUCCGCAGAUAGACUCGCAGCAGCAUUUGGUGUGUCACGUGCAGAACAAGAUGAAUUUGCUUUACGUUCCCAUGUUUUGGCUAAGAAAGCAGAGACCGAGAAGCUACUGAAAGAUGUCAUCCCAUUCAAGGUGCCAGGUCGUCAUACAGUCACCAAAGACAAUGGAAUUAGACCAUCAUCAGUUGAACAGAUGGGUAAAUUGAAGCCAGCAUUCAUCAAACCACAUGGAACCAUUACUGCUGCCAAUGCUUCAUUCCUGACUGAUGGUGCAUCAGCAGUGUUGAUCAUGUCUGAAGAUAAAGCACUGGCUAUGGGCUACAAACCACUUGCAUAUCUGAGGGACUUUGUAUAUGUCUCCCAGGAUCCUAAAGACCAGUUGCUCCUAGGGCCAACAUAUGCCACCCCUAAGGUUUUGGAAAAAGCUGGAUUAGCUCUUGAAGACAUUGAUGUCUUUGAAUUCCAUGAAGCUUUUGCAGCACAGAUCCUCUCUAAUAUGAAAGCUAUGGACUCUGACUGGUUUGCAAAGACUUAUAUGGGCAGAAAGUCAAGGGUCGGUGUUCCUAAAAUGGAUAAGUUUAACUGCUGGGGUGGCUCAUUAUCCUUGGGACAUCCUUUUGGUGCCACCGGUUGCCGCCUUGUGACAACGGCUGCUCAUCGACUGAUCAAGGGAGGUGGACAGUAUGCACUGGUUGCAGCUUGUGCUGCUGGAGGACAGGGUCACGGAAUGAUCGUUGAAACCUACCCCCAGCAGUGAAAGAUGUUUUGGAUUUUAGAAUUCAAUCAAUGCCAUUCCAAUGCAGUGGAGAAUUAAAUGAAGAAAAGCCAAGAUAUUCUGCUAGCCUGAGCAGAUAAAUUUUGAAAAUACCACCCACGUUUGUCAAUAAAAAUUUAAACCAUUGGAUCCGUCACUAAAAUCAGGAAUUCCGAAGGUCUUUUAGUAAAUGAUUUUGUUUCUGUAUCUUAGAAGUUUAAUUCUGACUGAAAGCCCAGAAUGAGUUCCCAUUCUUAGCUUGUAAGAACUAAGAAUAAGUUGGAUAUGCAGAUGAAUAGAGGUAUAGUAACAGCUUUUGUGUGCCUUAUUCUUUAAUAAAUAGUAAAUUUAU